CCUGUUCGUGUUAUGUAUGUGCUGGAGUGUGUGUGUGGUAUGUCCCUGUGUGUGUCCUCUGAGUGUGAGUACCUAGCUAGGAGGUAUGAAUGUGCGUGUCGGGGGCCGCUAGGACGGAGUACACCAGUCAGUCAAGUCAGUCAAGUCAAGUCUAUCGGGCCAUACAAGGGGUUAACUCGGGUUCAAGCGUCACUGUCACGACUCUGACUUGCAGUAGUGUUGAGUUGUAAAAGUGUCAAGUUGCGAAAGGUUGCU